AUGAAUCUCACUUUGUCAUUUUGCUGCUUUAACCUGCUUUUAGUGUUUGAUUAUGCUCGAGGAAAACCCACCUCUGAUUUACAGAGUUUAACUCAGAUUUUGGAAGAGCUUAAAGACGUGCCUCCUCACACUUCAGAGGAGAUGCAAGAUCUUGGCGGCGAUGCAGACAAGUCAAAGAGCGCUGAUUCAGAGGGGCACACGUGGGACUCCUCUGACCCCAGCAACUUGGCAAUGGAGGUUAAAGCAGACGUCCUUGCCCUCCUUUUCAAAGACCUCUUCCGACCCGCCAAGCGGUCCUGGAGCCGCUACAGGAAAGGGGGGCUGAGGAGCUGUUUCGGCGUACGCUUGGAUAGGAUUGGAUCAUUCAGCGGAUUAGGCUGUUGA